AUGAAGUCUCGAUGCAUAGAAACAUCCCACGGCGCCAGCUCCGACAAAGACGAUGUGGACCGGCCUGGACCUGUAUCAGCUCAGAACAGCAAAGUAGCUGUGCACGCACACAAAUACAAAGAGGCACAAAACACACAGCCCAACGAAGGACGAUGUGUGGGGGUCAGAGGAAUCGGAGACGCGAGAGGACUAACUUGGACGGAUCGGCCGCAGGAACAGGGGAGGCAGAAGAAUGGGCCAUCUCGGUCGGCGGUUGGCGACUGGCGUUUGCUGAGGAUUGACGAGGCGUCGGUGUGA